CGGGGGUGCCUUCAGAUCGUGUGAGCGCAUUUCUAGAGAACGUUCUAGCUGCUCCAGUCAGUUUCUGCCACCUCUGAAUCUGCUUUGUCUAUCUCCUCAAGUCACAUCAUGUCGUGGGAUUCUUAUCUGGACAACCUGGUAGCACAGAGCAAGGAUGCUAGUGGCACUGCUCACGUUGAUAAGUGCUGUAUAAUCGGCCUUGACGGUGGGGCACCAUGGACUACUGCUGCAAGUGCAGUUGCUUUCAAGCUUGAAGGGCAAGAGGGUCCCAACAUUGCCAAAUGUUUCAAGAGCAAGGAUUACACUUCUUUCAUGACGUCAGGAAUUAGAGCUUCAGGAGAGAAGUAUCAAUUUCUCCGAGAAGAGGAUAAGAAGAUAGUAUAUGGCAAGAAGAAGGGAAUGGGUGCCCUCACAAUGCAAGCCUCCAAAACAGCUAUUGUUAUUGCUCACUGCCCCGAGGGAUCUCAGCAAGGAAACACAAACAAAGCGGUUGGAGUUAUUGCAGAUUACCUUGAGAGCCUCGGCAUGUAGUGGACUUGACUCUAGACUAAUAUUGCAUUGUCCUGAUUUGAAUUUAUUAUCGUAGCUGUGUUUGUGGCUUUUGAAAUGUUUGAGCAAUAGAUACAUUUUCACAAGAUAUUUUAUUUGUAGCAUUUAGUAAUUUUAGGAGCUCUUGUUUAGAUGUGUGUUUAGUGUGAAAACAUAAAUUAUUAUUAUUGAA